UUGGCUUAUCGCCGUCGUGGCAUCCUUCCUGAGGCUGGCGGUGGCAGCCCUGCAGGCUUCACAGACACAGACCGACAGUCUGUAUGCUGAGGGAGCCAUGUUGAUGCCUGGUUUUGUGUCAACCGCUGCACUUUGGAUGGUUAAAGGACUGCGUCUCAAAGACUGGGAGCCUUAGCGGUGACUCCAGCACCGCGAUGAGAAGAGGAGAGCGGUUUGGGAUGGUACAGGGAGCGCCAGAGGAGAGCUGCUCUUAGGUCACCGAACAUCACAGUUGAUUCAAAGCAAGUAAAGUUGAUGCUAGUUAGCCUGAUAGCUAGGUAGCAACAGCUGUGCGGAUGCGGCGUGUGGACUAAAACAAAACCACCUUCUCUGCUUGUUGCAUUUUGUUGGGCUAACGUAAGCUAGACUGCUUUGAAGACUCUGUGCCCGGGGUAACAACGGGGCUGCUGGAUUCAUGCUAGCUCGCUGAAGUUGCCUUUGCAAAGCUAGCUAGCUUUUAGCUAACGUUAGCAUGCUGACAAUCCGCUCGCAUCUUCAGUCACGACUAACAUUUGCUAGCUGAGUGGACUCUAACUUAUCGUUACUUUCAGACAGUCUGCCAGCUGUGGAGCACCGUGUUGUGUGACAAAAACCCGAGUGGAGAUAUGGCGAUACAUCCAGUCUCUGUGGAAAGCUACACAUUCGCUUGCCUAGCUUGCCAAGGAGCGGCUAACGGGCUAGCAGCAUAACUUUCCUCUCGCGGUGUCACUCAGAAGCUGCAGAUACCACUUCCUCGCUAGCCGACCUCUCGUACCUGCAGCAAGCUGGCGGCCCUCCGAGUAGAAGCCGAGGACAAGGAGCUGGGGCCGAUGGCCUGGGUGCUGAAGAUGGACGACGCCACCAUAGAGUCGGGGCUGGUGCACGACUUCGAUGCCAGUCUGUCUGGCAUCGGGCAGGAGCUGGGGGCUGGAGCCUACAGCAUGAGCGAUGUGCUGGCUCUGCCAAUCUUUAAGCAGGAGGACUCCAGCCUUCCUCCUGAAAGCGAGACCAAAAAUCCCCCAUUCCAGUAUGUGCUGUGCACCGCCACCUCGCCUGCUGUCAAGCUGCAUGACGAGACGCUCACAUACCUAAACCAAGGCCAGUCUUACGAGGUGCGUAUGUUGGACAACAGGAAGCCAGGGGAGUUACCAGAGAUCACCAACAAGAUGGUGAAGAGUGUAGUGCGAGUGGUGUUUCAUGACCGCCGGCUACAAUACACAGAGCACCAGCAGCUGGAGGGCUGGAGGUGGAAUCGUCCUGGCGACCGUCUCCUUGACAUUGAUAUCCCCAUGUCAGUGGGCAUUGUGGAGCCGAAGACUCACCCCUCCCAGCUUAACGCUGCGGAGUUCCUGUGGGACAUGAACAAAAGAACUUCUGUUUUUGUGCAGGUGCACUGCAUCAGCACAGAGUUCACUCCCAGGAAGCACGGUGGAGAGAAGGGCGUCCCCUUCAGGAUCCAGUUCGACACGUUCGCCCAGGGAGACAGUGGAGAGUACACAGAGCACCUCCACUCUGCCUCCUGCCAAAUCAAAGUCUUUAAGCCAAAGGGGGCGGAUCGUAAGCAAAAGACAGACAGGGAGAAGAUGGAGAAACGCACAGCUCAAGAGAAGGAAAAGUACCAGCCUUCUUAUGAUACCACUAUCCUGUCAGAGACGAGGCUUGAGCCCAUCAUAGAGGAUGCGGGUGACCACGAGCUGAAAAAGUCCAGCAAGCGGACACUUCCCGCUGACUGUGGUGACUCCUUGGCCAAGAGAGGCAGUUGCUCCCCGUGGCCGGACAACGCCUACAUCAGCACCAACCAGGCAGCUUCUCCCUCCUUCUCCUCCACCCCACUGUCCACCUACGCAACCUCCUCAGUACCGGACAGUGACUCGUCCUCACCCAAUCACCAGGCAGACCCUGGCAGCCAUGGCAACUUGGAGCAGUUGAGCCCCACUGCCUCCAUACAGGACGCACAGAAGUGGCUGCUGAAAAAUCGCUUCAGCUCCUACACACGGCUCUUCUCUCACUUCUCAGGUUCUGAUUUGUUGAAGCUAACCCGGGACGACCUGGUCCAGAUUUGUGGGCCAGCAGAUGGGAUCAGACUCUUCAAUGCACUUAAAUCCAGGUCAGUGCGUCCCAGGUUGACAGUGUAUGUCUGUCAGGAGUCUCCUCCGGAGAGCCCCCUGCUGGAGAGACACGGCAACAAUGAAAACGGAGAACACAGCAUUUCCUCUAGUUUACAUGUGUAUCAUGCUCUGUACCUAGAGGAGCUCACAGCUGCAGAACUGAUCCGCAAGAUGGCGUACGUGUGCUGCCUUCCACUGGGAACGAUCAACCAGGUGUACAGACAGGGUCCUACAGGCAUACACAUCCUGCUCAGUGACCAGAUGGUUUACAACUUGCCUGAUGAGAGCUGUUUUUUGAUCAGCACUGUCAAAGAUGAACUGGGUGAAGGACUCCAUCUAAUCCUGAAGUAGUGAGGAGGACAGAUGGCAUCACUAAUACUCCACCCUCUGUUUUGGAGCAGAAGCCUCCCUCUGUCCCUCUCUGCCUGCCUCCACUCUCUCCAUGUACUUCCUCCCGUUCUCUCUAAGCACUCGCUCGAUGGAAAGCAGAGAUACUGCGCUAAAGCCAUGUAAAUGUUAGAAUCUGACAUGGGUGUGUCCACUGUUUCAUAUUGAAAACACUAUUAACGGAGGAGAGUUAAAAGAGGAGAGACUGGGGGUAUAUGGGGUUAGUGGAAAGAUAAUUUUGUUGUAUGUAUUUUGAUUUUAUUAUUUUAUUUUUUGUCUUUUGUAUGGUUUCUGCGGGAGUAGGGAGGGGGGAGGCUCCAGGAGAGAGAGGGCAGAAAGUGACAUUCUGGCCGGCAGGAGAAGGAAAGAAAGCAGAGUUUCCUUAUUGCUUGUUGCCCUUCUUACACAACGCGCACAACCAGCACUAGGCCAGUAUUUGAUAACUUGUACUGCUGAACAGCAUGCGAUCUCAACAUACUAACUUGCUUAAAGGAAAAUCCCAACUUACUCUGCUUGUUUAACAUUCUUAACGGGGUUGUCUUAAUGAACCAUUUACUGAUCGGCUGAGCUUGAUAACCCCUAAAAUAUCCAGGCUAAAAUUGUGGAAGGCGCUUUUUUUUUUUUUUUUUUUUUUUUUUUUUUUUUUUGAGAUGUUGACACCAACAUUAAAUUUUUUUUUCUUGGACUUUGUCAGAUGGACUUAUUUCAUUAACUCUAGUCACAUAGUCAUCCUAUGUGAUUUUAGACUUCCAGCCAUAUCUCUGUCUGUUGACACAAUGUCACACUCAGCUCAACUCUCUUAACGUACAUCCUGUUUGGCCUGCGCUUUUACAGUUUUUUUUAGUUUAUGCUUUAUUUAUGGAUCAGCUGUUUCCAUUGCUCUCAUUGAAUUUACUUGUUUCUGGUGCCAUAUUGGCUUUUUAACUCAAUCUUUUACUCACGUUCACAAACACAGUGCACAUCGUCGUCUUUGACUCCUGCUUUCUGUGCUGACUUUGAAACACUGGUUUAGAGGAGUGUGGUUUAUGCCUUGUGGGAUUUUGGCCCUAAAUGUGCAAAAAAAAAAAGAAAAAGAGGAACAAACCUCUUAUAGAAGACAGACAUACAGAGCAGUAAUGCCUAUCCAAAAACCUACUAUAAUGUGGACCAAAUGGGUUUCAGAUUGAUAGGCUUUUUUAUUUUGUUUUUUUGUUGUUUUUCUUUUGGCUCUGUACAUCUUGGUCACUAGAAGCAUUCAUAGAAUUGAUGAGAUGGCAAAUUAAACCCUCGUCUAGUGGAGUUGCUUGUGUGCUGCAUGUACAUAGUAAUCAACCCUCCAUUCCAGGAUUUGCUCUGCAAGAAACGACCCAUCACACAGCAGGCUGGUUAGAAAUGUAUCACUGCGGUAGCCUUGUUUCAAUAGUCUUAUCCUGUAGACUAGAAAAUCAUGGCAGCUCCACAUCCAUCAUCAGAAUCUUGUGUUUUUACAGGUCAUGUGUUUCGAGUGCCCUUACCUUUUUAAAAAGUGACAGGAAAUCUUACACAGGUCCUGGGAGUCGUCAUUGGUUUAGUUGAGCCCCUUUGAUUUUGGUACACAGUGUCUGGCAAUGUUGCAAGUGCGUACAGUUUGCACGCCUCUAAGUGUCAGAUGGUGUGUGUGUGUGUGUGUGUGUGUGUGUGCAUGUGUAUCAUUUUGCGUUCUUGCAAAGAAAACUUAAUUAUGUCAAUAGUUGUCAUAAACUUUUUCGUACCUGUUGGUAUGAUGAAACUGUGUUUAGCUUGCUGUUUAGUAAAGAGCAUGUGGAAGAUGGGGAAGGGAGGGAGGGAGGGAUAAUUUGGUUUUUGGUAAGUGUAACCCCUCCUUCUUUUUCCAGAUGUUAGAGACCAAGUCUGCACUGAAAAAUCACAAAACUCAAGCUCGAUGUGUAGUCAGUAGUCCUACAGCCACACCCUCUUCUUAUCCGCCUAUAAAAAAAUGUUUAAAAAAGACUGUCGAGACUAAAGCAUCUGUGUUUUUGUCUCCCAUGCGCCAGAGCCAGGACUGUAGCGCUUGUGGUGUUUACAAGGACAUGAGUACCACAGCUGUGUCCAUCCACUCAUAAAUUAGUGAGUAAUGGAGCGGAUGUGAUACCUAGUCAGGCGAACUCUGGUGAGCAGUUUUGGUCCCCUGAAGACCUGACCAGUCGUCUGUCUGUGUGAUUGAGUGUGUGUGAGAGAGUGUGAGCAGGAGAGGUGACCACUGUUCAUGUACAGCCUAACGUCAAUGAUGAUGCUUCUCAUGUGCACAGUAUCGUAUGCUGGAGAUGUACACAACCACGUGCUGGGAAUAAAUGAUUUCAUAACUUU